AUGCUUCACCGUCUAUUAAAGGAACCCUCCCUGGAUCCGCCGGCGCCGCCGCCGCAACCUUCCCCAAACCCACCUAACGUUAUUCCAAAAUAUCCCCAAAACGCACUCAAUCGACUGAGCUGCCAGUCCAACUUCCGGCUCAUCUGCGACCACCUGGUCGACUUCACACGCCGGAGGAAUCUCCCUGGAGGCCAAGCCCUCCACGCCCACGUCAUAAAAUCAGGCUUCGGCGCGGUCCCUCUCGUCUGCAACCACUUCAUCAACUUCUACUCCAAGCUCCAGCUCCCUCACUCGUCGGAGCAGAUUUUCCACGAGACCCCAGUGAAAUCGUCGACCACAUGGAGCUCCAUCAUCUCGUGCUUCUCUCAGAACGAGCUCCCCUUCCGCGGGCUCGAGUAUUUCAAAUUGAUGCUGAAGAAUAAAGGUAUGGUCCCCGAUGACUACAUCUUCCCCUGCGCGACCAAAUCGUGCGCGGUGAUCAACGACCGCCGGUUGGGCCGGUCGGUGCACUGCUUGGCGAUAAAGAUUGGGUUUGGCCUGAACGUGCACGUGGGCAGCUCUGUGGUUGACAUGUACGCCAAAUGCGGGAGUUUGGUGGACGCUCGGAAGUUGUUCGACGAAAUGCCUGAGAAGAACGUGGUGACUUGGAGUGGGAUGAUAUCCGGGUACACGCAGAUUGGGGAAGAUGAAGAAGCCCUGAGGCUUUUUAAGGACGCGUUUUCUGAAGGUUUGGAGUACGUUAACGAUUUCACGUACUCGUGCGUGAUUCGUGUAUGUGGGAACUUGACCCUUUACGAAUUAGGCAGGCAGAUCCACGCUUUAUGCCUGAAAACGAACUACGACCGAAACAGCUUUGUCGGGAGUGCUUUGAUCUCAAUGUACUCGAAAAGUGGCGUGAUCGAGUGCGCUUACAGAGUGUUUAACGAGGUUUCGGAUAAGAAUUUGGGUUUGUGGAACUCUAUGUUGAUUGCUUGCGCUCAGCACACGCACACAGAGAAUGUGUUUGAAUAUUUCAAGAAAAUGCAGAAUACGGGUGUGAGGCCAAACUUCAUCACGUUCCUGUGCAUGCUCUAUGCGUGCAGCCAUGCGGGCCGAGUGAAUGAAGGAAAGCGCUAUUUUGCUAUGAUGAAGGAAUACGACAUAGAGCCCGGAAGUCAACACUAUAGUUCAAUGGUUGACCUGCUCGCACGAGCUGGCAAAUUUGACGAGGCCAUGAAAGUAAUCAACGAGAUGCCGAUGCAGCCAACAGAGUCCGUCUGGGGAGCUUUGCUGACCGGGUGUCGGAUUCAUAAAAAUACACAGCUGGCGAGCUCGGUGGCUGAUAAGGUCUUUGAAUCCGGGCCCGUUAGCCCGGGCCUUCAUAUGCUUCUGUCCAAUGCUUACGCGACAGCUGGAAGGUACCAAGAGGCAGCUAAUGCUAGGAAAAUGCUCAAGGAGCGCGGGCAGAAAAAGGAAACGGGCUUGAGUUGGGUCGAGGAGAAUAAUAGGGUCCACACGUUUUCAGCAGGUGAUAGAAAGCACGAAUUAUGUGGCGAGAUUUACAGAAAACUGAAGGAAUUGGGCAAAGAUAUGGAGAAGGCAGGUUAUGUUGUGGAUAUGAGUGACAUGUCGAAAGAAGCUGACGAUGAAGAGAAAAAACUGGCGAUAAGGUUUCACAGUGAGCGGUUGGCGAUCGUGUUUGCGUUAAUUACGUUCCCACCCGGGAGGCCGAUUAGGAUUAUGAAGAACUUGCGUGUUUGUGGUGAUUGUCAUGUCGCCAUAAAGUUUAUGUCCAAGUGCACGGGAAGGGUUAUAACGGUGAGGGAUAAUACUCGGUUUCAUAGGUUCGAGAAUGGGGAGUGUUCUUGUGGUGAUUAUUGGAUGACAGUUGAAUUCUGGCAAUGGCUCCUCUUGAGAAGAUGGCCAUAUUAUUACCUGAAAAAAGGAAAAUGUGUUCUGGGUGUUCUGACAACUGAGGGAGUUCUGGGAUCUUUUUCCAAUGUUCAUUUCUUGAUCGAUUCAAAAACUAUUCAUGUUAUUGUUUCCUUUCUUUCAAGAAACAACCUUGUUGAGAUCCAUUUUGCCUCUUUGAAAGAAUAUGGGCAACAGUCUUUUAUGGGAUUUAUUCAAGAACCCAAGACUCAAUCUAACAGGGGGCUUUUCAAGAAAGAUGAAUUGGGUCUUGAGAUAGCUCGAAUUGCAUUACCUGCAGCCCUAGCUCUAGCCGCGGACCCCAUUGCCUCUCUUGUUGAUACUGCAUUUAUCGGCCAUAUAGGUCCUGUGGAGCUUGCUGCCGUUGGAAUUUCUAUUGCUAUCAUGAAUCAAGCAUCGAAAAUCGCUAUUUUUCCACUCGUCAGCGUUACUACUUCUUUUGUGGCAGAGGAAAAUGCUAAAGGGCGUUCGGUAGGUGAAUGUGAAGGCAUUGAACUAGUCGAGGAACAAGCUGCACUGAACAUCGAAAAGAAACAUUUGGUGCCUAAAACCGUGGAUUAUGAAGAGUUUGAUGGCAAAAAACAUAUUUCAUCAGCUUCAUCGGCUUUGAUUAUCGGGGGUGCCCUUGGCCUCAUCCAAGCUGUUACCCUCAUUUGCACUGCAAAACCUCUAUUAAGUUACAUGGGGGUGAAAACGGAUUCUCCAAUGCUGAAACCGGCACUUAGGUACUUAACAUUGAGGUCACUCGGAGCUCCAGCUGUCCUUCUCUCAUUGGCUGUGCAAGGUGUUUUUCGAGGGCUAAAGGAUACAAAAACUCCUUUAUAUGCAACUGUGGUUGGUGAUUUGGCGAAUGUUAUAUUGGAUCCUAUAUUCAUCUUCCUACUCGAUUUUGGUGCGAUUCUGGCGAAUGCAUUUGCAAGGCACGAUUAUGAAAAGGUCGUUCUUACAACUUCUCGCGUAUUACAGUUGGGUGUAGUUCUUGGUCUCAUUCUCUGUACUUUUGUUGCCAUUACAUUGCAAUUUUCAUCAAAUUUCUUCACGACCGAUACGAAUGUUCUUCGCCUCAUAAAAUUAGGCAUCCCGGUUUUGGUCUCAUUUAUAAGUGUCGUGUGCUUGUUCUUACUGUCGUCGACUAAUGGUUUUGUCGGUAUAUGGUUCGCGUUAUCGAUUUUCAUGAGUUUACGAGCAGUUGCAGGAUUUUUAAGGAUAGGGACAAGAAGAGGACCAUGGAGCUUUUACAGUGGCUGA